AUGACAUCCAACAAGGCUGUAACGCCAUUUAUCGGCUCGGGAGUAAAGCAAGAUCUUCAUGUACUGUACGAUAAAUUUAUUGCCGUCGGAUCAAUAAAGUAAGUUUGACAAUGAAUUCGGUAAUGCUUGAAAUUCGAUGAACAUUUCAGAAUUCGAGAUUUCGCCGAUGUUUUUCGAGAAAUGCGGUUCGAAACGUUGCUUCAUUAUCGUCUCAGCCCAGCUGAAUACGUCGAAGUAAGGACUCUCCGGAAUUCCUCUCCCAACUAUCUUAUUUUCAGUUUGCCGAAUAUUUGCUUCAAAACGCAGCUCUAUAUUUUGGCAAGGAGAAUGAAAUUCACGCAACGAGGUCAUUCGCAGUCAGUGGUCUUUAAUUUUUCUGAAAUACUUUAUACUUUGAGAUUUAGGAACGAAUUUUCGGAAUAUACACCUGCUACGCCAUCUACAGCCUCCAGCCGACUGAUCAUGUCUGCCAAGUACGUAUCUCAGCAAAAACGCUAAUUUCAGAUUUAUGCUUUUCAGAUACCCGUAACACAGUCACAAAUGAGAGAAUUGAUGGAGUUCGAAAAGAUUCUAAACUCUGAAAGAGCGUUGGAACCACUGGCGGCCCUCAAAAAUCUCAUCCUGAAAAAAGCAUUCAGAUUGACGCUUUUCCAAUCGACGGUAAGGAAAAACGAUAUUUCAACUUUAAACUGCUUUUUUCAGUAUGAUCCUACAACUCAUAAGCGUUACUUAGCAGAAGAAGAAAUGCCCGACUUCGGAAGACAACCUGUAGUAGGAAAUGAAUGAAACGUGAUUCUAAUUACAAUUUUCUCGUGUUCCAGGUGCCAUUUGCAAGAGUCAAAGCAAUUUUGAAGCAUCAGAAUAUCGGAGAACUGACGUACAUUCAUAAUAUGUACAUUCAAGCAAAGGCAAACCUCGGAAUGACGGAUAUCAAGAUGGUUGACCGAGUCGAUCCGAUGAAAGAGAUUCAGAAGCAUUUGGAAAAGCACGAAAAGGAGUUGAAGGACGUGCAGAAGGGAGUCACGACAACGAGCGCUGCUCCUGAAGAAGAAUUGGAAGUAUCAGCCGGAACGAGUCGAUCCGAACUCAGGAGUCGCGCGUAUACGGCAGGAAUGAAGCACACUCGACAGAGACGAUAUCUGGAUCCAAACAUGGAAGGUAAGAUUUUGGGUGGUAGUGUGUCUUGAAACGUAUGUUCAUCUUCAGAGAACUUCAAGCAGCUCACUUUCGGUCAAAUUGCCCAACAAUGUCUGGAAGAAGAACGGCAGAACCGAGGUAACUUCGUAUUUAUCUCUUUUUGUGAUGAAAUCAAGUUCCAGCCCGAGCACUCGACAACCGAAACGGAAAAGAGCGGCAGUUAAAACUGAGGAUGCGCCAAUGGAUGAUCAUGAAAUUGCGGAGCAAGUGCUUCGAGACGAAUAUGCUUCCAGAGUGAAACCAGAACUUCCUGGUAAGGAUUAAAUCGCAUCUGGCCAUAGUAAACUGAUUUUCAGAAACGUCAGACGAAACGAUCGGAGAGAAGAAAAGCAAGCAUGGAACAUCCGGAGUGGCAAAGAUCCGAGCGCCAAAGAAGAAAGCUGCCGAACAGGUGGAAGCCAAAUCAGACCGUAAUCAGGCCGGCGCUGAUCCGUAAGUUUUUUGUUUCCGCCAAUUCACCUGAAAAUGCUUGUUUUUUAUAAGUUCUUCGUCCGAUUCGCCACGGAAGAGGAAGCAAGGAAACAAGGAUACGAAGCCCAGAAUCAGUGACGAAUGGGCGAACAAACUGAACAAGUGGAGUGGCCAGGUCAAAGCGACGGACAAGCAGCUCAAAAAAUUGACAAGUCGAAUCAAAAUCGAAGAAGUCGACGAAGACUAA